AUGUUGGUUAAUGAAAUGAGGUUACCCCUAUGGUGGGAGUUACCUUGUUACUUGACUUGCAUUCUAGCAAUCAUUAUCUCCUUGUAUGGAAUAUUUAGACAAUUGAUAAACUAUAGACGUCCCGUUGAACAACGCUUAGUGGUAAGAAUUUUGUUAUUAGUACCUCUCUUUAGUAUAACCUGUGGUGUUGCUAUCAAUUGGCCAAAUGUUGCACAAGUUUAUUUUGAUCCUUUACGUGAGUUUUACGAGGCCUUUGUCAUAUAUACUUUUUUUUCUUUAUUGACAGUACUAUUAGGAGGAGAAAGAAAUAUCAUUAUAAAUCUCACUGUGGAUCACUCACCUACUAAACAUACGUUCAGUUGGUUAGGUUCGUUAGAUCUUUCAGAUCCGGGAGAUUUUUUAUCCUUGAAACGAGGUGUGUUACAAUAUGUUUGGUUUAAGCCAUUCUAUUGCUUCAUGUUAUUAAUAUGUGAAACAAAAAAAUGGGAUACAAUUCAAUUGUGGCUACUAGUGCUAUAUAACGUCUCGGUAUCAUGGUCACUUUACAAUCUCGCAAUGUUUUGGAAAUGCCUUCAUAUAGAACUUUCACCAUUUAAUCCAUGGUCGAAAUUCUUAUGUGUGAAAUUAAUUAUUUUUGCAUCAUAUUGGCAGGGCUUAAUAAUUCAUACCUUGGGCGUUCUAGGAGUGUUUGGUGCAGAUCCACAUCUUAGAGGUUACCUGUACCAGAAUGGAAUCCUCUGUAUUGAGAUGUUAGCAUUUGCCAUGCUUCAUCAACAAGCGUUUCCUUGGAUACCAUAUUCACGUAUGGAGAUUCCCAGUGGUGCUAGAAUGCAAUUAAUAUAUGCAAUUAGAGAUUGUUUUGGUGGUGGUGAUCUCCUAUGGGAUUUUAAACACACAUUAUUAAUUGGUAAUACUUAUUACAACUAUAGAAAUUUUGAUACCCCUAAACAGAAUAUACUGAAUCAAAGAAAAGGGAUACGAAAUACUAUGAAUAAACUUAACCAGGGCUAUAGGUAUAGCUCGCAGAAUGAGAAUACUUAUUGGGUAAAUUAUGGUAGUAUACCAACUAAUCAACCUAAUCGUUCAGUCCCUGUAAUGACUCCAGAGAUUAAUGAAGAGGAAUAUGAUACUAGUUUAUGUGAGGUAUCAAGACAAACACUUCACGAUGACCCUAAUUAUCCUGUAAUAUGGGACCCAGAAGGUUAUAGAUACAUUAUAAAUAUUUCAAAUCUUAAACAAGAUAUACAAAACCGUCAUCCAGUUAUUGUAUAA